AUGGAAGACGCUCAUACUACUGAAUUAAAGCUUCUUGGAAAAAAGGAUAUAGUUAUUUUGGCAUAUUCAACGGCCACGGUAGUAAAUUUCUUAAUAAAUUCUUCUCAUUUUAUCAGUCAAAAUGUAGCUAAAUAUAGUGCAAAAAAUCUUCAUAUUUGUAUCGCUGAGUUUGAGACAGAUAUUGAAACUGCGAUAAAGAAUAGCUUUUUGAGAACAGACGACAAUAUGAAAAAUGAUCGCUCACUAAAAGAUGAUCCUUCGAAAUGUAUUGCCGUUAUAGCUAUUUUAACACCAGAUAGUGAAAUAUACGUUGGAAAUGUGGGAGAUUCUUGUGCUGUCCUCAGCGAGAAUAGCAAGGCAAUCCCAAUGUUAGAGGAUCAUAAGCCCACUAAUAAAGAUGAAACUAAACAAAUUACAGAAGCUGCAAAUUUAGUAUUAUCACGUACUCUUGGUGACUUUGAAUUUAAGAAAAACCCAAGCUUAGGCGCAGACAAACAAAUUGUAAUAGCAUAUUCUGAUGUUAAAAAACACAAGAUUAAAAUUGAAUCUACAGAGUUUUUAGUCUUAGCCUGUGAUGGUAUAUGGAACUGCUUUAAAUUGCAAGUGGUGAUUAGUUUUAUUCGCAAAAAUAUUGCUGAACAUAAAGAUCUCAAGAAAGCUUAUGAAGAUUUGAUAGAACAGUAUUUAUCUAAAACUAGUGAAGUCAGCAUUGGCACUGAUAAUAUAACU